AUGUCCCAAGUCAAUGCACGUCCCCCCAUUGCAACGCACCGUGCCCUGCACGUCACCUCCCCGCGCUGCAACGCGCAGCGCGCCGUGAGGGCCAUGGUGUGUCCCAAGAGGUGCACGUGCCAGAACCUGGCGCCCUCCUUCACCAUCCUCUGCACCAAGACCGGGCUGCUCUUCGUGCCGCCCGGCAUCGACCGGCGCACGGCGGAGCUGCGCCUCAUGGACAACUUCAUCACCACGCUCCGCAGGAAGGACUUUGCCAACAUGACCAAUUUGAUUCAUUUGACGCUCUCGAGAAACACAAUAAGUCAAAUUAUGCCCUACGCGUUUUUUGACCUUAAAGGCCUUCACGCCUUGCACUUGGAUAGCAACAGACUGACUUAUAUCAAUGAAGACCACUUCAAAGGUUUAAUUAAUCUUCGGCACCUCAUACUCAGUAACAAUCAAUUAAACUACAUCUCUCCCGGGUCGCUGGAUGACUUUAUUGAGACCAUUGAAGACCUGGACCUGUCCUACAACAACCUCGUUAACGUUCCUUGGGAAACCAUCGCCAAGCUUUCCAACGUCAACACGGUCAGCUUGGACCACAACCUCAUCGAGUUUGUGCCGGAGGGCAUCUUCUCCAACCUGCACAAGCUCGCCCGCUUGGACAUGACCUCCAACAAGCUGAAGAAGAUCCCGCCGGACCCGCUGUUCUCGCGGAUCCCGGUGUACGCCAAGUCCAAGGGCUCCCCGCUCACGUCGCUGGUGCUGAGCUUCGGGGGGAACCCCCUGCACUGCAACUGCGAGCUCGUGUGGCUGCGGCGCCUGACGCGCGAGGACGACCUGGAGACGUGCGCGUCGCCGCCGGAGCUCAUGGGCAAGUACUUCUGGUCCAUCAAGGAGGAGGAGUUUGUGUGCGAGCCGCCCAUGAUCACGCACCGCACGCCGCGCCUCACGGCCGCCGAGGGCCAGAGCGUCUCGCUCAAGUGCAAGGCGGUGGGCGAUCCCGACCCCUACGUGCGCUGGAUCUCGCCCGACGGGAAGCUGGUCUCCAACACGUCCCGCACCGUCUCCUACGAGAACGGGACGCUGGAUAUCCUGGCCGCUUCCCUGGCGGAGAAGGGCACGUUCACCUGCAUCGCGUCCAACGCCGCCGGGGAGUCCACGGUGCCCGUGGAGCUCCUGGUCACGCCGUUCCCCAGCCUCGCCAACAGCACCAGCUGCGACAAGGAGGCCGAGCCCGGCCCUUCCGACAUCCUCAUCUCCGCCAAGUCGAGUUUUCCCAACGACACCAAGGCUCAGCAGGAGAAGGUGACGGUGGCCGAGGUGACCUCGUCCUCCGCUCUCAUCCAGUGGCCUUCGCAGCAGCACCUCCCGGGGAUCCGCAUGUACCAGAUCCAGUACAACAGCUCGCUCGACGACAGCCUCGUGUACCGCGCCGCGUGUGCCGCGUCCUGCCGGCUCCGAUCGCGUUAG